UCCAACAACAAAUCAAGCCUUCCAUCCUCCAUCAUUAUGACUUCCUUGUCCCUACCACAACAACAGCAACAACACUUCUCUGCUGCAGCAAAGGGUCUUGCCCGAUACGAUAGACAAGAUAAAUUAGGUGAAGGUACCUAUGGUGUUGUAUAUAGAGCAAUUGAUCUUACUAAUAAGAAUGUUGUAGCCAUCAAGAAGAUCCGUUUAGAACAUGAAGAUGAAGGUGUACCAAGUACCUCCAUCAGAGAAAUUUCCUUGUUGAAGGAGAUGCAUCAUCCAAAUGUCGUUAAUUUGAUCGAAGUUAUUCAUGGUGAUGAUAAUUUACAUUUAGUCUUUGAAUUUAUUGAAUUGGAUUUGAAGAAGUACAUGAACGAAUUUAAGAGAAUUGAAGGUGAAAAGAAGAAGAGAAUACCAAUUCCAAUGAGCAUGAUCAAGUCUUGCCUCUAUCAAACUCUUAAGGGUAUUGCUUUCUGUCACUCUGCUAGAAUUAUUCACAGAGAUUUAAAGCCACAAAACAUUCUCGUCCAAAAGACUAAGGAUAAUGAUUUGAUGCUCAAAUUGGCUGAUUUUGGUUUGGCCAGAGCUUUCCAAUUGCCAUGUGGUAAACUUACACACGAAGUUGUUACUUUAUGGUACAGAGCACCUGAAAUCUUACUCGGAAGUGAAAAGUAUUCUACUCCUGUUGAUAUCUGGUCUAUUGGUUGUAUCUUUGCUGAAUUGGUUAAUGGUACUGCCUUAUUCCCAGCUGAUUCUGAAAUUGAUAUGUUAUUCAAGAUCUUCCAAAACCUUGGUACUCCUAAUGAAGAAAUUUGGCCUGGUGUUUCAUCUUUGAAGGGUUUCGCCAGUUUCAAUAACAAAUUCCCAAAGUGGAAGGGGAAUCACUUACCUGCUGUCUGUAGCAGAUUGGACGAUUGUGGUAUUGAUUUGCUCACUCGUAUGUUAGAAUACCAACCAAACAAGAGAAUUUCUGCCAAGGAAGCCCUCAAACAUCCAUUCUUUGAUGAUGUCGACAAAUCCAAGUACUAGAUAACAGUCAAUUUCACAAACACUCACAACAAACCAACACCAACAACACUACACACUAAGUUCAAAGACAUCAAUUCGUUUGUAGCGAAUUGAUAGUCCAAUAAAUCUUGUACAAAUAAUU